AUGGAUGGAAAAAAUGAGCCAUGGUCUGACGACGAGAGAAAUCUCUUGUGGCUUUUGUCACACGAAUACGGUUUAUCAGAGUGUCUGCAGCUAAAAACAUGGAAUCAAAUCAAGACCAAAGACGAAAGAUUCGCUCCACUGUCAAAGCGAUCGCCCGACGCUUGUAAAACGGAGCUAAAAUAUCUCUUCGGUUCCCGAGUAUUUCUCAAAGCUGCAAAAGUGGAAUAUGCUAAGUUCUAUGUCUACGAGCGACUGGCACAUGGCAAAAGAAAAAGAAAAAUCGUUGCACCGAAAAAGCACCAUAAGUCUUCUGAGUCUGACUAUAAAGCUAUUGAACCCACCGCAUCAGACGUUACCGAAAUUGAACCCGAGUUGGAAACGGAGGAAGUUUUUGAAGAGAACGUGUUCGGACCUACCACCGCAAGUGAUGAUUCCGACGUAAAUGAUUACCCAAAAAAUGCCGAUUUACAUGUCGAAGAAGGCGUUUCGUAUGAAUCGAAUUCAUCAGACUCUGAAUUCCAAGUGGCAACACCUCCAUCUUUUCCAGAACCUGACAUGUUGGACAUGAGAGAGCCGUACACUUUAAAAAACCUCACAGACGGAGUGUCAUACACUUGCGAUAUCGACUCAAUUGCGGUCGUAACAAACCGACUUUCGCAACAUUGCGUAGAUUUAACGAUGACAUUUAGCGUUGACGCUCGACGUGCUUACCCUACUAAAAACCUUAAAAUAGUUAACAACCUCCUGGGUCAUGAGGAAUCCAAAUGGUUUGAAUUCAAAUUAGGUUUAAUAAAUAGCGGGAAUUACCUGAACGUUUUAUUUCAAAGGGAUCGAGAGACAAACAUUGGCGAAGCCAGAAAAAUUUUCGUCAUCCGAUUUUUGCAAAGAGCAAUAAAUAGUUUGCCAUCAAAUUCGAAGACGUCUGUUCAUGGAAGCGGCCUCAGACGUUGGGGCAUUAAAAAAAGGUGCGUCAUCUACGGCAGCGAUUGGCCACUGAUUGCGAAACGUUUAGACAGUCUAAUGGAAUCAGAAGAAGGGAUGAAAAUUUUACACUUCAGGCAUGUCCACUUCUACCAGGCACGCCAUGGUAUGCUACUUGAAGACGCUAAUAGAGCCAGCAGUAUGGUGAGAAGUAUGAUUUCCAGUGUUUCAAAUGAAAAUGUAAUUGGCAUCCAGGCCCACAAAGCAAUAACCAUCAAAGCUGACGACGGUGGUGCUGUAUUUGUCUCUCACAAGGCUUUGCGAAAGCACGCAAAUUGGAAAUCCCUGAAUAUGCCAGAACCAGCAUACCUGGCCGGUCAUGGUCAUUUCUAUGGAAAUUUGCGGGGCUACCGAAACGUCAGUUACAUACAAUCAUACGAUCCUGAGGCACAUUUGUAUAUAGAUAGAGAAUACGUUGACGCCGCUACGUAUCUCAUUGGCCGCGGUCUGACCAAAUGUACAAAACGUUUACUGAGCAUCAUUAAAGCUCGAACAGGAAGCUAUCUUGUGAGUAUUGUACAUGCGUUGGAAAUACUGCAACAAUUUGGACAUAGGUCGAGGUUGGAAGUUGUGGAAACAUUCAGGAACGUUGAAGAUUUCUUUGACACCUACUCCAGCCACGAAAAGUUUGUCAAAAGUUGCGAAAUUGUGGCCAGAGAUUUCAUCGACCAGUUUUCAACGAUAAAUCUUUCGAAAAGCCGCGUUUGGAUGUUGAGAUGA